UUAAUAGAAGCAAAGUGAACAAUAUUGAUUGAAUUGUUACCAUUUAUUUGAAUUUCACAAUGCUGUGAAAUAUGCAAGCAGAAUUCUAGUUUACAUUUAUACGUGCACAAUUCGUGAACAAUUUAAUGUAUUUAAAUGUAAAACAGCAAGUUAUAGGUAUAUAUAUAUAGAAUUUUCAAACCAAAGUAAUUUAUUUUAUAGAUAAUUUGCAACUGAAGGUGUAACAACAAUCAUCAUGCCACAAAACGAAUACAUUGAAAGACACCGUAAACUGUAUGGAAGACGGUUGGAUUAUGAAGAAAGGAAAAGAAAAAGAGAGGCCCGUGAGCCUCACAAACGAGCAGAGCGCGCUCGUACUUUGCGUGGUAUCAAAGCAAAGAUCUUUAACAAAGAGAGACGAAAUGAAAAGAUACAAAUGAAAAAGAAAAUUAAAUCUCACAUGGAAAAGAAAGUAAAAGAAAAGUCGAACGAUGUACCUAACGGAGCGUUACCUGUAUAUCUAUUGGAUCGUGACGUUAAGAAGGAUGCAAAAGUUUUAUCCAAUAUGAUAAAACAAAAACGAAAAGAAAAAGUUGGCAAAUGGGAUGUACCGAUACCAAAAGUUAAAACGCAAUCAGAAUCAGAAGUAUUCAAAAUAAUGAGAACCGGAAAGUCUAGACGUAAAUCUUGGAAACGAAUGGUAACAAAAGUAACGUUUGUCGGUGAAAACUUCACAAGAAAACCACCAAAAUUUGAAAGGUUUAUUAGACCUAUGGCGUUGCGUUUUAAGAAGGCGCACGUAACUCACCCUGAAUUAAAGGCCACCUUCUGUUUACCAAUUAUUGGAGUUAAAAAGAAUCCAAGCUCAUCAAUGUAUACGAGUUUAGGUGUUAUUACUAAAGGAACAAUCAUCGAAGUAAAUAUUUCGGAAUUAGGUCUUGUAACACAGUCUGGAAAAGUAGUUUGGGGAAAAUAUGCUCAAGUUACAAACAACCCUGAAAAUGAUGGUUGCAUUAAUGCUGUAUUACUUGUAUAAAUGAUCAUUAUUGUAUGAUUAAUUUACAUGUUUACAAGAAGCGUCUGUAAUAAAAAAGAAAAUAAGCUUGAAUACAAA